AUGCGCGCGGGCACUUCACCGCUGAUGUCUAAAGCGGUGAUAGCCCCGCUUUCCACGUCAGCGAUCCGCGCCACCCCACCCUUCACCGCUGCCGUUAGAUGCAGUGAGGCGCGGAUUGAGGUUUUUCUCCACGAUCCGACGCCUCAGGCCGCGCCACGUCAGCUAUCCACGCCUUCACCGCGUUCCUUUAAGGCGGUGAAUUCACUGCCGUCAACAGACGCGGUGAUUGGUCCUUGGUAA